AUGCAUCUCCCGCAUUCCCUCUCCCUCUUGUUCCUCGCUGGCCUCGUCGCCGCACAGGACAAUGGCAGCUACGCAGAGGGGCUUACACAAGCACUCAACGGUGCUGGUCUCACGUCCCUUGCGACUGCUCUUGGUGCUGCCCCCGCUUCACUCCUCAGUGCACUCCAGCAGGGCAACCACACCGUCUUUGCGCCCACAAAUGACGCACUCAGCGGUGUAAAUCCAACUCAAUUACCCAAUAUCGCCGAUAUCCUUGCCUACCACGUGACUGCCGGCGUCGUCGACACGGACAAGCUCAACGAGACGCCCACCGUCGUCCGAUCCAGCUUGGGCAGUGCACCAGCAGUUGAAUUGCCCGCCAACCAGACCCAAGUCCUCGUCGUUGGAAAGGCCAACAAUGGCACCGUUUUCCUUGAGAAUAAUGGUCGAAAUGUCCAAGUCGCUGCCAAUGCAACCUAUGCCAACCUCCGCGUCCUCGCCAUCAACCGUGUGCUCUCCAUCCCCGCCAAUAUUUCUACCGUUGCCGCUCAGACUUCAGAGAUCAGUGCUCUUGUUGGUGCCGUGACGUCGGCGGCGCCACAGGUGCUCACGGCUCUUGUGGGAGUAAAGGGCUUGACCUUGUUUGCACCAAACAAUGCUGCCAUCCAGGCUGUUGCUUCUCAGCUCCCCAAUCUUAACCAGACGACCUUGACUAAUGUCCUCCUCAACCACGUCAUCAACGGAACAGCCGUCUACUCGACGGGUGUCACCGACGGCGGGAGUGCCAUCUCUGCCGGAGGAGAAGAACUCAAGUUUGCCGUAAACUCGUCAGGCGCAUUCGUGACGUCGGGCAACUCGACGGCAAAGAUUGUCCAGACCAACAUUCUCACCUCGAAUGGCGUCAUCCAUCUCAUCGACUCUGUCCUCCUCAACACCCAAUCCAAUCCAGAGGCUGCUACUUCUGCCUUUGCCUCUGCCUCGUCCGCUCAAGCUUCCCAAACUGCUACUCAGACCGGUCCCGUCACUGGAAGUGGUAAUGGAAGCGGUGGUGCCGCUUUUGCACGUGCAGAUAUUGGUGCCGCUCUCAAGGUGGCUGGUGCCCUCUUCCUCGGUGCCAUCGCAGGUACCGUCCUCUAA